AUGGUGAGAACAAGAACGGAAGAUUCGGAAGAUGCUACUUCUGUACGGUUGGAUAGAAUGGAAAGAAUGAUCAUGGAAAUGGCGGAGACUUUACGACAACAGCAACAGCAGCAACAACCACAACCGCCACCGCCACCGAUACCUCCGCCUGUGGUACAAGAUUUUCAUGCUGAGGACCGAACUACCACACUCACGAGGGAAUUUAAGAUGAUGAAUCCGCCAUCAUUCAAAAGGGAAAUAGAGCCAAUAAAAGCUAAAGUGUGGGUGUUGGGGAUAGAAAAUUUGUUCGAAAUUUUUCCUUGUACCGAAGCCCAAAAAGUGCAAUUGGCUGCCUUCACUCUGGAAGACGAGGCACGGAGGUGGUGGAUGCUUACGAGAGCUGUACACCAGGGGUUAACAUGGGACAGAUUCUUGGAGCUGUUUUACGACAAGUAUUUUCCUCAAAGUAUGCGAGACAAGAAGGUGACUGAAUUUGAGACUCUUAGGCAAGGAAACAAAACUGUCGCGGAAUAUGAAGCCCAAUUUGCAGAACUAGCUCGGUUUGCACCUCAUAUGGUAGAUACGGACUAUAAGAAAGCACGAAAAUUUGAGGGCGGACUACGGAAUGCCAUCCUUGACCGAGUCAACAUGUUGAAGUUACCCACCUAUGUUGAUGUGUUGGAAAGAGCUGUUAUAGCAGAGGGAAACCUUGCUGCUCAGAAUUGGAUUUCUGAAUGGAAAGGAAAGAGGCAGAACAUUCAAUCAUCAAAGGGGUCAACCACUCCACCUAGCACGAAACAAAAUUCGGGGACUUCUAGUACUUCCACUCUUACUCCAAACUCGACUCCUGUUUGUGCAGAAUGCAGAAAGAAACACCAUGGGACUUGUUAUCGGUUGCUUGGAGCAUGUUUUCGCUAUGGAAAAACGGGUCAUUUGGUAAGGGAUUUCCCUCAGAGGAAUCAACAAAAUGGCAAUAGGGCUACUACAAGUUCAGCGGGGUCUACACCAACUCCCAACACCAAAUCAGCUGCUAAGCAUGUUAAUAAUAAAGACACCGCAAGACAAGGCAGGGUGUUUGCCUUGGUUCCGGGAGAUGUGCAAAACGCUGCAACAGUGGUGUCAGGUAUAUUUGUCGUUCACUGUCAUUCUGCUCAUGUAUUGUUUGAUUCUGGCUCUACCCAUUCCUUCGUGUCAAAACUAUUUUCUCAAAAUCUAGAUAAAUCUGAGGAAGUAUUAUCUUAUAUGCUAUGUGUGUCCUCACCUUUAGGGGGUUCUAUGAUCUGUACUUCUGUAUAUUUUGCUUGUGAACUUCUAAUUGGGGAUAUCCGGGUAUAUGCUAACUUAUUGCCUCUUGACAUGACUCACUUCGAUAUUAUUCUGGGUAUGGACUGGUUGAGUGAAUAUGGUGCAACUAUUGACUAUUUGACCUAA